AUGGAUGUGAUCGGAACUAUUGAUCCUCCUGCUUCAAAUGGGCAUCGAUUCAUCUUAGUGGCGAUUGAAUAUUUCACCAAGUGGGUUGAGGCCACGACCUAUAAGCAUGUGACUAAGAAAGUGGUGUCGAAUUUUUUGAGAAAUAAUAUCAUCUGUCGUUUUGGGGUACCAGAGACGUUGAUCACUGAUAAUGCCAAAAACCUCAACAAUGAUAUGGUAGAUGGAUUAUGUGAACAGUUCAAAAUCAGACAUCAAAAUUCUGCCAUUUACAGGCCUCAGAUGAAUGAAGCCGUCGAAACCGCAAAUAAGAACUUGAAGAAAAUCAUUCGUAAGAUGACUGAAGCACAUCGGGAUUGGCAUGAGAAGCUGCCUUACGCAUUGAUGGCCUACAUAACUACUAUCAGAACUUCUACUGGUGCAACUCCUUACUCUCUUAUGUAUGAAAUGGAAGCAGUACUACCUGUAGAAAUUGAAAUUCCUUCCUUACGCAUUCUGAUGGAAGCUCAGAUAGAAGAAGCUGAAUGGGUCAGGGAACGUCAGGAGCAGUUGUCCUUGAUUGAUGAAAAGAGGUUGAAUGCCGUCUACCAUGGACAAUAUUAUCAGCAACGAAUGGCUCGGGCUUACAACAAAAAAGUCAAGCCCCGUUUGUUUGAUGUUGGAGAUAAGGUUUUGAAACGGAUUCUUCCAAUGCAAGAUGAGGCUAAAGAGAAGUUUGCUCCCAAUUAG